AUGUGUAUUGACUACCGCGCCCUCAACAAACUCACCAUCAAGAACCGAUACCCGCUGCCACAAGUGGAAGAACUCUUCGAGCAACUCGGCGAGGCCAAAAUUUUCAGCAAGCUUGAUCUUCGAAGCGGUUACCAUCAGGUUCGCGUUGCUGAGGAAGACAUCGAGAAAACAGCAUUCCGAACCCGGUAUGGGCAUUUUGAAUUCCUUGUACUUUCCUUUGGACUCACAAAUGCCCCUGCCACUUUCAUAUGCUUGACGCACAACAUCUUUCGUGACUUUCUAGAUCGGUUUGUCAUCGUUUUCGUUGAUGACAUUCUGAUUUUCAGCAAGUCAUUGAGACAACACUCUGAGCACCUGCGCCAGGUACUCAUGAAGCUUCGCGAACAUCGGCUUUUUGCAAAAGAGAGCAAGUGUGAGUUCGCAAAUUCCUCCAUCCCUUUCCUGUUUCAUAUCAUCUCUCAUAAUCAGCUUGCUAUGGACCCCACCAAGAUUCAGGUCGUUGAGAACUGGAAGCAGCCUACCUGCAUCAAGGACCUUCAAGCCUUCCUUGGCCUUGCCAAUUACUACUGCAAAUUCAUCAAUCAUUUUGCUGCCAUCACCUCACCCCUCUCUAGCCUUCUUCGUAAGCAGCAGCCGUUUCAUUGGGGACCCGGACAAGAAGAAGCUUUCACCACCAUCAAACAUGCUCUUACCUCCUCUCCCACCCUAGUCCUACCCAACCCCUCCCUUCCCUACAUCAUCUGGACAUAUGCAUCUCAAGUUGCUACAGGUGCAAUCUUGUGUCAAGACCAAUGA